AAUAGUCUUGUGUUAUUAUAAAUUAUUCUAUCAUAUGAAAAAACUAAAAAUAAUGUUUAUCUUAAUAUUCUAUGUCAUUAUUAUUCUCAACCAAGUUUCUAUGAUCAUGAGCUCCAUUAAUAAUGAUCUCACCAAAAUGACUUUAUUUUCCUUUCCUUCUUUCAAUCCGGAUAGUUGCAUAAAUGGUGACCUAAUUUGCAUGGGAUCAGUGAGCAUAGGUAAUAAUAAUAAUACCAAUAAUGGGCAUUAUUAUUUGAACCUCACACCCGAGCCACCGUCGCCCUCCAAUUCAUCGAAUACUACUCAUGGGAGGGCGGCGGAGAACAAGAUUGGACGAGUGUUGUAUGGGCAGCCUGUGGUUGCAUGGCCCGCAAUGAUUUCUACCACGUUCACAAUUAGGAUUUCUGCCUUUCCGAACUCGAGUAGUAGUGUUUCUGGUGAUGGAAUAGCUUUUGUUAUGGCUCAAGAUGACAAACCUUCUCCUCCUCGUAGCUUUGGCUCCUAUCUUGGACUCCUUGAUAGAUCAACUCAAGGUGGAGUGAUUAAACAAGUGGCAGUAGAGCUAGACACAUACAUGAAUGAAUUCGACAUAGAUGGAAACCACGUGGGAAUAGUCACAACAAGCAUAAUCAACCCUCUUAUCGAAAAGACCCUAAACACAACAGGAAUCCAACUCAAAAGUGGAAAAGAUAUUAAGGUCAAGAUUGACUAUGAUGGCUUCAACCAAAUACUCUCUCUUUACGUUGCUUACUCUCCCAAUCCACUUGUUAGCUUUCUCAACCGUUCGAUCAUCUUAUCUGAUAUAAUCCCACGAUCAGUUUACGUGGGCUUUACAGCUUCUACUGGCACAUUACCUGAAACCCAUCAAAUUCUUGAUUGGGCUUUCACUUCAGUCCCAAUAACGACGCCGUUUAUGGCCAAGGACAAUAUAAUUAAGACCAUAUUGGUUAUAACUAUUCCUGUUUCGAUUGGCUUGUCAAUUGUGUUAAGUGGUGUGUUUUUAUUGGUUAUGAGGUUUUUUAUGAAGAAGAGUCAUAAUAAUACUAAUAAUAGUAAGAAGAAGAAAUUAGAAGACAUUGAGAGUAGGUCAAGGUCAGCUGCAAAUGUGCCUAAAAUGUUCACCUAUAAAGAGCUUUCGAAAGCCACUCAUGGAUUUAGUAAGGAGAAUUUAUUAGGCACAGGUGGGUUUGGAAGUGUUUACAAGGGAAUCAUUGUUCUUGAUGAUAAUCAAGCUCAAACUAUUGCUGUUAAAAAGAUUUCCUCAACAUCCAAACAAGGUGAAAAGGAAUACUUAGCCGAAAUAUGCACCAUUGGAAGAUUACGACACAAAAACAUAUUGAAACUACAAGGUUGGUGCCAUGAAAACCAACACUUGCUCUUAGUAUACGACUACAUGCCCAAUGGUAGCCUUGAUCGUUUCAUAGGAAAACUCUUCCUUGAUUGGGAAACUAGGUACAAAAUCUUAACGGGCCUAGCCUCGGCCCUACUUUACCUACACGAGGAGUGUGAAAGCCCAGUGGUCCACAGAGAUGUUAAGCCCAACAACAUCAUGUUAGACUCAAACUACACUCCUCAUCUAGGGGAUUUUGGCUUGGCUAGGUUGAUAAAAAACGACAAGGCUUCAGGUGUCGUUUCUACCAUGCUAGCUGGAACUCCCGGGUAUUUAGCACCGGAGUUGGGAUUUACCGGUAAAGCGAGCCCGGAAUCGGAUGUGUAUAGCUUUGGAAUGGUGGUGUUGGAGUUGGUUUGUGGGAGAAGGUCAAGGGGUAUGAAAGGGGAGAGUAGUUUGGUUGAUAUGGUGUGGAGUUUAGUAAGGAAAGAUGAGUUGUUGGUGGGUGUUGAUCCACUCUUACAAGGUAGAUAUGUAGAGGAGGAAGUAAAGAGAUUAUUGGUUAUUGGGCUUGCUUGUCUGCAUCCAGAUUCUGAACAUAGGCCCAAUAUGAGAAAAGUGGUCCAAAUAUUAUUGAAUCCAAAUGAACCUCUAAUGGACUUGCCAGAGAAGAGGCCCAAUAUGGUUUGUGUAUCUUUAUCUCAUGUUUCUUCUUCAUCAUCAUCUUCUUCUACAACUAUGGUUGAUUUGGGGCCCAAUAGUGUCUCUGCAUCCAGGGCUAGGGCAGAUGAGAUUGUAAUCCAUUAUGAUUGAUAAUUAUUGAGAAGAAUUAAGUGCCUCACAUAAUGGCCAAAAUUUGUCUUUGUAAGGAUUUUGAGAGUCUAUACUAUAUUGCUCAAAGCAUAUAAAUA